AUGGCGCCAAAGCGGACUCCCAUGGAGACGUCCCCGUUGUUGGGCGAGAGCAACGGGCACGGUACUGUGUCGAACGGGGCGAUUGUCGACCGCGAUGCGGAGUCGGGGGAGCCGAGACAGUCGGUGGAGGAGCAGGGGAAGGAACCGUUUCCCGAUGCAAAGAAGCAGCUCAAGUAUAUUGUUCCUGCUAUCUCGAUAGGUAUUUUCCUAUCUGCAGCGGACCAGACUAUUAUUAUGGCCAGUUAUGGUCAGAUCGGAAGUGAUCUCAAGGCUCUCAAUUUGACCAGUUGGAUUGCGACUUCGUACUUUUUGACUUUGACUUCGUUCCAGCCUUUGUAUGGAAAGCUAAGCGAUAUCUUUGGUCGGAAGCCCUGCCUGCUUUUCGCGUAUGCCAUUUUUGGAAUUGGAUGCCUGUUCUGCGGUCUGGCUCGUAAUAUUAACGAGCUGAUUGCUGCACGUGUCUUCCAAGGCAUUGGUGGCGGAGGUAUGACUACGGUUGUCAGUAUAUUGAUGAGUGAUAUCGUACCCUUGCGAGAUCGAGGCCUCUGGCAAGGCAUUAUCAAUAUCAUCUAUGCCACUGGGUCUGGAACGGGUGCACCUCUUGGUGGAAUCUUGGCCGAUUAUAUCGGUUGGCGCUGGGCAUUCCUUGCGCAGUUCCCCAUGUGUAUCCUUGCUUUUAUUGCCGUCUCAUUCAUGCUCAAGCUGCCACCUCGGGAGAACUCGCACUGGAAAGACAAGCUUCGCCGCAUUGAUUUCCUCGGUGCAAUUGUCCUCGUCGGUGCAGUACUUGGCUUUUUGCUUGGUCUGGACCGCGGAAGCAAUGUCUCAUGGACUCUACCUCUGACAAUUGCUUCGCUGAGUAUUUCGGUGGUCCUUUUCAUUGCUUUCAUCUUCGUCGAGGUCUACCUCGCAGCCGAGCCUUUCGCCCCAGGCCACAUUAUCUUCAACAGGACAUUCUUUGCCCUCUACGGCUGCAAUUUCUUCAGUUUUGGAGGGUGGCUUGCGGCAUUGUUCUAUAUUCCACUCUAUUUCCAGGCUGUCGAUGGGGUCUCAGCCACUACCGCCGGUCUGCGCCUCCUACCAUGCAUCUUGUCCGGUGUUUCCGGCUCGCUUUUGUCUGGGUUUAUUAUGAGGUCGACCGGGAAGUAUUAUUGGUUGACGAUUUUUGCUUAUUCCCUCCUGACAACCGGUUGCUUUACCAUAUACAUGUUCUCGGGCGGCGUUGUGGCCAGCGUGGUUCCCAUGAUCCUCGGUACGGUCAUGUCGGCAUUCGGCAAUGGCAUCGGUGUCACGACGACUUUGAUUGGAUUGAUAUCAAAUGCAACUUAUGAGGAUCAAGCAGUCGUAACUGCUUGUUCUUAUCUCUUCCGGUCUCUCGGAUCUGUCAUUGGGCUAUCUCUGUCGUCAACUGUUGUUCAGCAGCUAUUGCGAGAGGGAUUAAGAGAGGGCUUGCGUGACAGCAAGGAUAUUGACCAGAUCGUCAACGGAGUACGAGAGAGUCUCGACUACAUCAAGAAGCUGGAUCCUGAAAUUGCGAGUAUCGUGCGCGGCUGCUACGGAUCAUCCGUCAAUAAGGGCUUCGCAUUCAUGGUCGUCAUUGUGUUUUUUGCAUUGUUCAGCGCCUUUUUCAUGCGGGAAGCCAAGCUCACUCGCUAA